ACCCCAGCGAAAGCGGUGGCAAGAUGGCGUCCCUGGAUCGGGUGAAGGUACUGGUGUUGGGAGACUCAGGUGUUGGAAAAUCUUCACUAGUCCAUCUUCUCUGCCAAAAUCAAGUGUUGGGAAAUCCAUCAUGGACUGUGGGCUGCUCAGUGGAUGUCAGAGUUCAUGACUACAAAGAAGGAACCCCAGAAGAGAGGACCUACUAUAUAGAAUUAUGGGAUGUUGGAGGCUCUGUGGGCAGUGCCAGCAGUGUGAAAAGCACAAGAGCAGUAUUCUACAACUCUGUGAAUGGUAUUAUUUUAGUACAUGACUUAACAAAUAAGAAGUCAUCCCAAAACUUGUAUCGUUGGUCUUUGGAAGCUCUCAAUAGAGAUUUAGUGCCAACUGGAGUUUUAGUGACAAAUGGGGAUUAUGAUCAGGAACAGUUUGCAGAUAAUCAGAUCCCACUUUUGGUAAUAGGCACUAAACUGGACCAGAUUCAUGAAACCAAGCGUCAUGAAGUUUUAACUAGGACUGCUUUCCUAGCUGAAGAUUUCAAUGCAGAAGAGAUUAAUCUGGAUUGUACAAAUCCUCGGUAUUUAGCUGCAGGUUCUUCCAAUGCUGUCAAGAUCAGUAGGUUUUUUGAUAAGGUCAUAGAAAAGAGAUAUUUUUUAAAAGAAGGUAAUCAGAUCUCAGGCUUUCCUGAUCGAAAAAGGUUUGUGGGAGGAACAUUAAAGAGCCUUCAUUAUGACUGAAUUACACUCAUCUUUUGGAAGAGUGAGCAAGCAGUGGCCGUUUUCACAGCUUUCCUCUUGCUGUGUCAAUUAUUAACAUCUCAGCCUUUAGACAAAUCAUCUUAAAAUGCUCCUUCAAUCUCACCCUUUAAUGGAAAAAUGAAAGGAAGUGACAAUGUGGGAGGUCCAGACUUUGUCCCCGUUCUCUCUGUUCCUCACCUUUCUGUCCCUGUUUAUAGGUUAUAUAAAAGCCUUGUGGAAAUAUGAGACAUUGUCAACAUGAUGCAGUAAAUGAGCAGUGACAGUACUGCAGAGAAAAUUUACUCUUGACUGGAACUGGAGGGUUUUUAUGGCUCUGUAAUUUUCCCACAUUCAUUGCUGAAGCCUUAAUUAACUACUUCAAAAAUGUAUCUCUAUUCUUUUUACUUUCUUGAGGGAAAAGUUUAUGUUAACCAGCCCUGAGUUGUCCACCCAAAACAAUCUAUGUCAUGUUCAAAGAUGCUAAAUGGUGUUAUUUAAUUGUCUCCCCCUCAUCACACACUGGAAUACCUAAGAAUAGCAAUCCUUAUCUCCCUCUCCUCUUCGUUGCAAAUGGCUUGGUGGCUGGGAGAGGCGGACUAAUAGCUGAAGUUAAAUAUAAAUACAGAUUAAUAAUGCAUAGAGAACAGCAGUACCAAAAAGAAGAAUUCUGUGAGAAAAUGACAGCUCCUUCACUCUAGGUUACAACUGUCUGCAGUCUUCUACUGUUUUCUCUUUGGAAAUAGGUAUCAUGAAAUCUAAGACCUUCACAAAGACAGAUUUACAACCUCUUCAGUGUUUUUUGUUUGUUUUGCUUUGUUUUUAAGAAAAUUCAGCUCCUGAAAUGUUCCUUAAAUAUAGUUUACUGAUGAUAUUAUUCUGUCUCAACAAUGUAUGUAUGGAGAGAAGUAAAAAUAAGUUUCACAGCAACACAUUUACAUGAAUUAUGAACUAGGAUUCUUGGAUUACACAAUCACUCCAGAGCUUUUGAGGAAUGGCGUGUGUGUGUUCAUGUGCAUGUGUGCAUAAUUGUCCAUCAUUUUUUAUCUAUCUCUUUUGCUUGUUUAAUUGUCUCCACUCUAUUUCUUCCUUAGUGCAUAAAAUUGGUUUCAAAAAACUGUA